UGAAAUGGAUAUUGAAGCUGUUGAAAACAGGAUAAGGAAUACAGUCUUAGCUAAAAGGAUUCGUAUUUCUGAGUACUUUGGAGAUUAUGACAAAUUAUGCAGUGGUUAUAUAACCAGAUCUCAGUUCCUGCGAUGCUUGGACCAAACCACAGGGAUUCGUCUCACUCUUGAGGAAAGCAAUGCCCUAUUUAGUAAAUAUGAUUUAAAGUGUAAUGGCACCAUCAACUACAAGCUCUUCAAUGAUGUCAUUGAUAAACGUUUCAGUCCAAAUGAAAUUGACAAAGACCCAAAUCUUCAGAUAAUGAAAGCUCCAGAAAACCUUAAAGAUAUCGAUUCUGAAAAUGAUACAAACUUCAUGAAGUGCUAUGAGACCAUCAUGAAGCAGCUCUCCAUUUAUUAUAAAUACCAUGGUACCGAUAUUUUGCCACCAUUUAAAGACUUAGACAGGCUAAACUCUGGGAUAGUGACAGAUAAUCAGUUCCACCGAGCUAUAACACGUCCCGUUGGUCUGUCAGAUGAGAUGGUCUCAAUGAUCGCCUCUCAUUAUGCAGUGCCAGGGAAACCUAGCUUCGUCAACUACAUUUCCUUUUGCAAUGAUGUUCGCAAUAGGAUCAAGACGAUGGAAGCAGACCCACCAGUUAGACCAACUAUUCCUUAUGGGUACUGGCCACCUGAGUUACCCAGAUCACCAGAGAUUCUAGAGGUGUUCGACAAAAUCCGGAAUAUUGUUUUCAUAAAGGGGAUUCGAACGCCAGAAUUCUUCAAGGAUUACGACAGACUGCAUAUUGGUCUUAUCACAGAAAGUCAAUUUAUACGAGGCCUGAAUUUGGCUUGUGGCAAAGAAGGUGACUUGACAGAGCAGGAUAUCCAGACACUUCUCAAAUGUUUCGGCACACCAGAUGGCCGAGUUCGCUAUCGUGAUUUCUGUGAUUUCAUGGAACAUGCAUUUAAUAUUCCUCAUUUGGAAAAAUACCCUAGAGCGGAGGUGUACAGGCCAGCAAAUGGAACUCUAUUCAAGCUUGGGAUAAAGUUAACAGAUGCAGAAGAAAAGCGGGUGGAAGAUGUCCUCAGAGAACUUUCUCUGCAAGUAGAGAAGAGACAGUUAUUGGUGAACCCAUUCUUCAGAGAUUACGACAAGAAAGUGGCAUACAGAAGACUCCUGUCCAAGUCACAAUUUGAGAGGACCCUGGAUUAUUUGAGACUCAGUGUGUUGCCGAUGGACUUCCGACUGCUGUGUAAAAAAUUUGGGGACCCAACAACUGGACAAGUAAAUUAUGUUGCAUUUAGCCAGGCCAUUGACAAAGAAUUUACUGGUUUCAAAGUGGAUUCCUUUGAGCCUGAAAUACCAGCAGAUAAACCAAUUGACAUUUCUCCGGAAGAACGGAAGAUUGGAUUCAAGCCACAACCAAAGAUUAAGGUUGACAAGGUGCACUUGGGCGAGUUGUUGGGCCGACUCCGCCACCAUGUUUUGGUCAACAGAGUCAGGACUGUUGACUUCAUUGAGGACUUUGACCCCUUGCGCAGUGGAAGAAUCCCCACAUCAGUCUUUAGAAGGGUUCUUAGUCUGAUAGGAUUUGACCCAGAACUAACCGAUAUUCAAUUCAGAGCUCUGGUGAAGUGUUAUGAAGAUACCAGUAGGCCUGGCCACAUUAUAUGGAAUAAUUUUACCAGUGACAUUGACUCAGUUUUCACCAUUCCUGAAUUGGAAAAGAAACCCAAUGUGAAGGUUCCAUCAUUAGAGACCUACCAACUGCCCAAGGUCGGCACUGUGAAUGCGGAUAUCUUAAACCCUCCAAAGAGAGCUCAGUUUGAGGCUGUGAUCUGUCGUUUGAAGAAGCGAAUCAGCCAUAGGCAUCUCAUUACACACCCAGUGUUUAAAGAUUUUGACAAGAAUAACAAUGGCCACUUGACUCGAUCUCAGUUUCAUCGAUGUCUUGCACAGCUCAACCUGGAGGUGGCUGAAAAAGAAGUACAUUUGCUGGAGGACGUGUUCACAGAUGAAUUGGGAGUUGACUAUGUCAGGUUCCUGGACCAGGUUGACCCACAGCCCAAACUUGAGGAAAAAUAUAAUAAACUGAUGAAUGAUAUCCACCAGCUAAAUGAAUCAAAGAGAAUCCAUGAACAGAUGGCCUCAAAAGACAUUACUUGCAUCUUAGAAAAAAUUAAAACCAAGGUGUACAAAAACCGUGUCAAGAUUGGUGACCAUAUGAAGGACUUUGACAAACUGAAUAGUGGACGUAUUCUAAAGACAAAUUUCAGAAGGGCACUUGAUGCAGAUGGGUUUGAAUUGCAACCUUCUGAGAUGGCAAUACUUGAGAAAGUGUAUGAAUCCUGCAAGCAACCAGACUUUGUUGACUAUAAGGUGUUCAUCAAUGAAAUCGAAUCUAUUUUCACAGUUGAUCAUCUUGAGAAGUUUCCUCAAGCUGAGGUGACCCAGUACAAGCCACCUCCAGAUUGGACUCUCAACACACUGUCUGCAGAAGAAAUCUGUGUUUAUGAGGAGGCCUUGAACAGGCUGGCAGAAAAGGUGAGGAAGAAGCAGGUCCAGCUCUUCCCUCUUUUUGAAGACUAUGAUUGUCAGAACAUUGGCAGUGUGACACAGUCACAGUUCCACCGUGUACUGAAUGAGCUGACUCUGGAUGAUGUACUGAGCUUCAGGGAUAUCUGUGUCCUAAUGCAAAGGUUCCGGGUGAAGGUUGGCACCGGUGACAAUGUCAACUACAUUGCAUUCUGUGAUGCUGUGUACGACGCAGCCAACAUGGACAAGAGGAUACCCUAGCUCUGAGCUUGGUGGAACACUACCUCUCCUCUUUCUUUUCUAUCCCCACACUGUGACUCUCAUUCAAAAGAAAUGAUUCAAUAUUGAAAACAAAGGAGGAAAAUCACAGUUUUUUAAAGUAACUUUGUUAGUUCCCAGCCAACAAAGGACAUAAAGAUAUUUUGCAUUUUGAACUUCUCUGAUUACUUUCAUAAAAUUUAGCAAUUCAGUUCUAGGUGUGUUGUCAGUAUGUGAUUUUUCUAAUACUGUUCUACUGAACUAAAAUUUUAUAUUCUUUGCAAUACAUAGAGGUGUUAAACUAAAGUCCAGUGUACACUGAUUUGACUACUGCUAAUUUGCUUGGAAUUUUGACCAAUAUUCAUCCCUCAGCCAACAGUGUGGCAAGAGCAGGCGGUCUCAUCAUUUUCCAUUAACGUUCUUGUUGUUUGUCUUCUGGCUGCCAUACUUAUUAUAGAAGUAAUAACAUAAUUGUGGGAUCACGCCGUAGCAUAGUAGUUUGCACAAUGCUUUUGAGUACCAGUGACCAAGGUUCAAUUCCCACUGUUGCCUGUAAGGAGUUUGUAUGUCCUCCCCACGCCACAUGGGUUUCCACCAGGUGUUCUCAAUCCAAAGCCGCACUGUCUGGUAGGUUAAUUGGUCAUUGUAAAUUGCCCCGUGAUUAGGCCAGGAUUAACUCGGAGGAUUGCUGGGUGGUGUGGCUCAAAGGGCCAGAAGGGCCUAUUCCCAGUUGUAUCUCAAUAAAUAAUUAAAUAAAAUUGGGAAGGAUUUGGGGA